UACAAUUGAAUUGUAGUCAACCGAACCUUCCAGAUGACACGGUUUUGAAAUUUGCCUGCAAUUUUUAUUCGAGAAUUUCAAACCCUAACGAGGGACAAUCCGAAACCCCAUCUAUAAUAAACCCACCCAAGAAUAGCAACAAACACCAAAUCCAAUUCUAACACGAAUGGGUUCGAUCUACAUCUGCACAGAAUGCGGCACCAAUCUGAAUCUAAACUCAGUUCAUCUCUACCCACAAGAUUUUUACUUCGAGGCGGGAAACAAAGGCACGCUCUCUUUCGCUGCGGUUGAUUCUACAAAGUUCAGGUUUGAGAAAGAAGAUAAAAUCAGACCCUUUUUUGAGACGAUUAAUUACUGGGGAAUUCAAAGAAAACGAACCAAGAUUGUUUGUAAUAGCUGUGGGAAGCUUGUUGGUUAUGUUUAUGAUGAUGGGCCUCCUUUAACUGAUAGUCCUGGUCAAUUUCAUAUGGGUCCUAGUCAAGUGAUUCCUAGAGCUCCUAGGUACAGGUUUAAGAUCAAGGCUCUUAGGAUCUCAUCAGAAACUUGAUCUUAACUUUUAUGAUGGUAAAUUGUGGCAAAAAAACUUGUAUGAUUGUACAGAGUUUUGUAUUUUUUUCUCUAAGAGAUGGUGAAUUUGGUUGUGAUGAUUCUUAUGUUGUAUUUUGUAUGUUGUAUAAAGAUGCUUUUUAUAUUUUUA